AUGGAAAAAAAAGUUUCAUUCGCUGCAAAAAUAGUCAAGACACAGACUUUAUUGGCGGACCGUUAUUCUUAUGGUAAAAGAAAAAGAAGGGUAGUGUUUAGUGAAGUGAUAUAUAGUCAUGGCGGAGGCUACAGCACCCGUACAGGAAUCUUCAGAGCACCAAAAUCUGGCAUAUAUUUGUUUAUAUUUGACGUGCAACCGUUCGAUUCUGGUUAUGUAUUGAUGCAUAAUGAGAAGGUCCUGGCACGCCCAACGGCUAAUAAAGCGGUUAUAGGAGGAAAUGUAGGAAUUUCAUAUUUGACAGCUGGUGAACAAGUUUGGGUACAGAAUGAUGGAAAAUUUGAGUACUUCAUAAAAGUUUUUAAUGGGAGAUUCAGUGGCAUUUUAAUUGACUGA